AUGGCAGUGAAAAAAACAUCUACUAAGUUUAAGGUUUCCACGUUGAACAAUCAGAAGCUGAGUUCCAUCUGUGUCUUUACUAAUCCAACUGGUUCCCAAAAAAGACAGUUGAUGUGGAAAAACAAAUGGCAUUUCCUUCUCCAAUUUGAUCAAAGACAACAUUUACUAGAUUGCAAGUUCAACCCGAGAGUCCUUGGUGACCAGUUCAACAUGCCACGCCUGAUCGAGCUUUCAAAAGAACACCAGAAUUGUCCUCGAAUAUUGCAUGCUGUAAUACAUGGCCCCAUCAUCUUACCUCUUCCAAUGCCAUUGUCAAAUGCCAACACUCCCUUUUUAUCCACUCACGAGCUGCCAUCCGUCGAGGCUUCUCUCUCUCUCUCGACAUCUCAGACGCUCACACUGCCUUCAUCGAGGGCUUCACUGUCCUAUCUAGUCGACCCCUUGUCUCCACGCCGCUUCCCUCAACCUCCCUCGCCUCCCCCAUUACAAUGUUGUCAUCUCCCUGGCUCCCUCGUAGCCUCCUAUCCUCCCUCACCGCCGUCCAGCCGGAUCUCCACCCUCACCACUAUCCAUAAACCUCCGCUGCCACCUCUAGCGGCACACCCUGACAGUGCUCCGCCGCCACCUCUAGCCGCAUGCCUUGACAGUGCUCCGCCGCCGGCCACGCCUCUCCAACACUCUCUCCCCUUCCACCUCGAGGCUGCCAUCUCCGGGACUCCAUGCAUCGCCCCCACUGCCAUCGAAGCACAUCGCUCCCUCCUCCGUCUUCGGACGCCACAUUCCUCGCUGACCUCUGCGGCAUCACAAGUGAUGCCACCUUCACCGCAGACCUCCUCGCUCCACAUUAGCCCUCUGUCGGCUGAUCUCUAG